CAUUCAGACUUCACCAGCCUUCCUCAUUCAGACUUCAUCAGCCUUCCUCAUUCAGACUUCACCAGCCUUCCUCAUUCAGACUUCAUCAGCCUUCCUCAUUCAGACUUCAUCAGCCGUCCUCAUUCAGACUUCAGCAGCCUUCCUCAUUCAGAAUUCAUCAGCCUUCCUCAUUCAGACUUCAUCAGCCUACCUCAUUCAGACUCCACCAGCCUACCUCAUUCAGAC